AAGAAAAUAACUAAUUAAGUUCUUUUUUUGCGUUUUACUAUAUAAGAAACCCACAUUCAUCUAUCUCAUUGCUCAUCACCAACUAUACUACUAUACCAGUCUUGUUUGUUUGUUAACUCCCUCAUCACCCUUUUGUGUUCUAGCUGUUCAUCGUCGUCUCUUUUAAUCAUUCUCUUCAUCUUUUUCACUUCAGUUCGUUCUUCAUUCGGAGUAUUAUUCUCAGCUUCUUCAUGCAGAUGUGUAUUUGGAGAAUAGAAUCUUGAAUUUUAAUUGUUGAAACUGGAUCAUUCGAUUUUUAUUAUUCCUUAAAACUACUUUUAAAAAAGCUUUACAAGCAUGUAAUUGUUUUCCAUUAAUUUUCUCUCGAACAUCUAUCAAAAAAACCCAAAAAAAUUAAAUUAGUCUUAUUCUAUAGAUUCAUCUUAUAGGAUUUAUCAAAUAGUUAGUGAUUGUUAGACUGGCGAGGAUUCAAUCUAUUACUUAGAAAUACAUCUAUAAAAACCUUCCAAUCAUGUAAAUUAGUUCUAUCUUUCUUUGUUUACUCUCUUUUACUAGAGAUAUUUAUCCAAAAAAACAAAAAAAUUAGUCUACUUAGUGUUUAUUUUUCCUGCGUGUUCCGUUUAUCAGUCCCUCUUACAUUGUUAAAAAAAAAAAAAAAAUGCCUGAAGUUGAUUUGAACAACGGGAUUGAGAACAGUUCGGCGACCCCACCGGCAACUCCCGGAACACCAACGCCGUUGAUGUCAUCGCUGAGAAUCGACUCAUUGUCCUAUGAAAGGGAGAGGAAGUCCAUGCCUCGAGGCAAGUGUUUCCCAGUUGAAUCAUGGACACCCAACCAUAUGUGUGUCACCGAUCUCGGACCACCGGACGUCUCUCUUGGCAGGAAGCUAGGAGCAGAGUUCGUAGGGACCUUCAUAUUGAUGUUUGCAGCCUCGGCCGGGCCUAUUUUAAACCAGAAGUACGACGGUGUUGAGACACUCAUAGGGAAUGCAGCUUGUGCUGGACUUGCUGUUAUGGUGCUCAUAUUAUCCACGGGUCACAUAUCAGGGGCACAUUUCAAUCCUUCCCUCACCAUCGCUUUUGCAGCAUUCCGACAUUUUCCAUGGACUCAAGUUCCUGCUUACAUAUUAGCUCAGGUAUCUGCGUCAAUAUGUGCCUCUUUCGCCCUCAAGGGUGUUUUUAACCCCUACAUGUCUGGUGGUGUUACUAUCCCUUCAAACACUCUUGCUCAAGCCUUUGCGCUUGAGUUUAUUAUCACCUUCAUUCUUAUGUUUGUUGUCACGGCUGUUGCAACGGAUACUCGUGCGGUUGGAGAACUGGCAGGAAUAGCAGUCGGAGCAACUGUCAUGCUGAACAUUCUAAUCUCCGGGCCAGCUAGUGGUGGAUCAAUGAAUCCAGUGAGGACACUAGGUCCAGCGGUGGCAUCAGGCAACUACAAAGCCAUAUGGGUGUACAUAAUAGCACCAACAUUGGGUGCACUUGCAGGGUCAGGCAUCUACACUCUCAUCAAGCUCCAUGAUGUAGAGGGUGACCCGCCUCGCCCAGUUAGAAGCUUCCGUCGCUAGUCUAAGUCACUUUCAUUCUGGCCCUCCAAAUAAGUGUACGUUUUCAUGUGUGGAUGUGUUUCUUUUUGCUUCACAGUCUCAUACAUUAUAGCAUCUGCUAUAUUGGUACGAGCUAAGUGUGUGCAUUAUUAUUCUCCUACCUAUAUCGACAUAGACAUGUGUGAUAGAGGUAAAAAGGGAGAAGAAAAAAAAAACAUAAAACAAAAUUCAAGUCCAUUUGCCGUGUUUCAGUACUACUCUCCUCUACAGCUAGCAACAGGAGUAGGAGUAUAGUCAUAGGCAGCGAGGCGAAAAAAAACAAACUAUAUACUAUAUUGAGUUAUAAGUAAAAUACAACUUAUAUCAUGCGUGGAUUGUUGAGUGUUGUGUGAUUUCUCAGAAUAAAACUGUUUGCAAGUGUGAUAACUAUUAUCGUGUGUACUGUAAGGAUUAUACAUAGACUGUUAUGUAUUUGUGUUUAAAGUUGUAACCAGCCACUGAUGUGUGUGGUUUUGAGUUUCAACAGUGUAGGUUUACUACUUUAUAUAAUUAUAUAUAAAAAGAUUUCUGUUUGUGUGUUAA